AUGGCUACAUCAAUCUGGAACCGCAAGUGUGAUCUGAUCUACUUGGCCUUCUUCCUUGUGCACAUCCCAGUCAUGUUUUCUAACCUGAACCCCAGGNNUGUCGACCUCACACCGCUGUAUCCAGCAGCCCUGAAGCCCGCGUUCAUGACGGAUCUGAGAACAUGGUACAUCACCACUUACAGAGAUCAAUUCUUCUCUUCUCCACCGUAA